UCAUGGUGGGCGGGUCCGUGCGCGCCACUGGUCAGCAGGUCAGCGACCGUGCAGCGAAUUGGUGAAUAUCUCUCGCUCUGAGGGAAGACAUGUUGUAAUGCACAGUGGCAAGGCGAGGGAGCCUCUCAUUCUACCUGGGAGGGAAAGCACCAUCGGAUCCAAAAAUGUGGUCGCCAGACAUGAAAGCAGUCUUGGCAACGAUCAAAUACGCAAUGGCGACAGGGAGAUGGGAACUUGACGAGGAACGACGAAGAUUGGGAAAAUCACAGUAGGGGGAGCUCCACUAACACUACACAGCCUCAACCAGCAGAUCCCGCUUUAGCUGCUGAAGAUAGGACGCUGAACACUUGGAGAACGCAGCCUCCAAGUCGAUCUGUUAAACUAAGUCAAGAGGCUACAGUUAGUGGCGUGAGAAAAGCGGAGAGAGUAAAGGGCUUGUACGAGUUGAUGAUUGAACGUCAACGAAUUGGAUGUACAGUAGUUAGCGUGCCAAGGCCCUUUAGGCUUCGCGCCUCCGGGCGAAAUAAAUUCCAUCCAUCCAUCCAUCUCUCGCUCCUGCCAAGCUGUCGACAUCGGAGACCGUCGGACUUGGAACGAUGGCCGAUCCGAGUACAACCUUUCCCCGUUCCAUCCCGUGCUGUUCUGCCUAUCGGGGCAACGAGCAGACGUUGGAAGCCUGUAGGAUCGGGCAUGUCAGAUUCCGCAUGCCGGCCCCGACCGAGAUGCAGUUCCUCGUGGGUCGACUCGACAACGAGGCCUGAAUAACAAAUUUGUCAGGCAUCACUAAUUUAAUUAUUAUAAGCGCUCCUGCAAUGUAAGCCUGUAGGAUCGGGCAUGUCAGAUUCCGCAUGCCGGGCUCGACCGAGAUGCAUUUCCUCGUGGGUUGACUUGACAACGAGGUCUGA